UUAUCUCUCUCAUCAUAAAAAAUGAGUUAGGCUUCCUUAUUUUUCAGUAGAUGCAAAUUAAACCUGUAUUGAGAGCCCUUGAGGUUUCCUUUUGAGUUGAACUCUUUCACCGUGCAAGUGAGAUUACUCAUUUUCCAUUCAAAGCAAGGGCUUCAUUGUUUUUCUGCGAAUCGUACAUAAAAUACUCGAACAUUAUGCUGAAAAAUCUCUAAAAUACUUAGUUAUAGUAGAUUAUUUGGAGGUUUUGUAAUAAGUGUUUAAUUAAUUACCACAAAUCGUUAUGUUUAGUAAAAAUAAAUGUGAAAGGAGCACGUAAUCUUCAGUUUUAUGAUCAGUGAUAAAAAGGGAGGGGAUCGAAAAAAAAACAGCAAAACAAAAACACUUAUCGAUUCGAUUGCGAAAAUUGUUCGUAGUAAGGUGUGAUUUUAGUUUAAUAUAAGAAGGUUAUUGGAGCGGAAAACGGUUGUUUGGAAAUUUCAUACAAAUCGCGAUGGAAGUUUUCCAAACCGAAAAUUACUAUAUUUUCGUGAGGAAAGAAAAGAGCCUUUGGUGGAAUCGAUCGACAUCGGAAUUCCAGAUAAAAUGUGGUUGGGAUUUGUCUUCGGUUGAUGAUAUUGAGUGCAUUGGUCUUACUCACGGGAUUGUUGGCACUAUAGCUUUACAAGGAGUGCUCGAACCGCAUCUGAUCAUAGUCAAAGAGGCUAACCCUGUUGGCGUUUUGUAUGCACCGCAUCUGGUGUAUAAGAUCAAAAGUAUUUGUAUACUCGGUGCUGAAGAUCCUGACUCUUUCCUGCUACCUUGUCUCAAGCAUAACUCAUCGACCAGUAUUAAAACAGUACCCAGCACUAUAUCAGCUCAAUCAUCGAGUGGUACUUCAAGCCAGAACGCAUCGCCAUCCCCAAGAAAUCGGUUGUUCGAAAGCUCUGCCUUAGUAAACAAAACAUGGGGUGCAGUCAAAAGCGCUGGAAGUACUAUAAAAAAUACGACCGAAAAGGCCGCUGCCAUUGCCUCCAAUCAGGUAAAAUCGACGAUGGUAGGAAUGGUAGUGAAGGAUCCAGUACGAAUCGAAAAACGUGUGAUGGAUGAGUUACACCGUAUAUUUGACGAUAGUGAUAGUUUUUAUUAUAGUCUGGACUGUGAUAUUACCAACAAUUUGCAACGACGUGAGGAAUCUCCAGAUGAUCGGUUUUAUUGGAACCGAACUAUGGUUCAGGAUAUCGCCAAGCUAGGUGAUCCUACUUGGGUACUUCCUAUAGUUCAAGGGUUUGUACAAAUCGAACAAUGUGUGAUAGGCAAUGAAUGCUUUACACUGGCUUUAGUGUCCCGGCGAUCUCGUUAUCGGGCAGGUACUCGAUAUAAACGUCGCGGUAUUGAUGAAAAUGGCCAUUGCGCGAAUUACGUAGAAACAGAACAGGUACUUUCGCUGCGCCAACAUCAGAUUUCAUUUACACAGGUUCGAGGUUCGGUUCCGGUUUACUGGAGUCAACCUGGAUACAAAUAUCGCCCACCUCCAAGGCUCGACCGAGAUGAUGAAGAAACGCACAACGCAUUCAAAAAACAUUUUAACGAAGAACUUUCAAUAUACCAAUCGGUAGCCAUUAUUAAUCUCGUCGAACAAAGUGGCAAAGAAAAAAUUAUCGGUGAUGCAUAUGCUAGUCACGUUUUGCGCUACAAUUCAGAGAAGCUUAUUUAUGUAACAUUUGAUUUUCAUGAAUAUUGUCGUGGAAUGCGUUUCGAAAAUGUUUCUUCAUUGAUCGAAGCAUUGGCUCCUGAGGCCGGUUCCAUGGGCUUCCACUGGCGAGACACUAACGGAGCCAUUUGCAAUCAAAAGAGUGUGUUCCGAGUGAAUUGUAUGGACUGUCUGGACCGCACUAAUGUCGUGCAGACGGCCCUCGGAAAAGCGGUGCUCGAAUCUCAACUUGUUAAACUGGGCCUUGCACCACCAUAUUCUCAGCUGCCGGAUCAGCUGAAAAUUCCUUUUAUGGUGCUUUGGGCCAACAACGGGGAUGUCAUUAGUCGCCAAUAUGCGGGAACAAAUGCUCUAAAGGGUGAUUACACAAGAACAGGAGAACGAAAGCUAACUGGUCUCGUCAAGGAUGGAAUGAAUUCAGCAAAUCGUUAUCUAAUACAACAUUUUGCUGAUUCCUUUCGGCAAAGUUGCAUAGAUUUGAUGCUGGGUAAUUUGCCUGUGUACGAACCACUGACCGAAGACGAUCCGUACGAAGUGUUAUUCAAAGUGGCCUCUGAUGCCUUAAUACCUGCUCGUGGUCCCUCUUUGGAAUAUUAUAACUACGGUUUGAUGAGCGCAGAGCACAUUCUCGUAGAAGAGCUGAUCUAUAGCACAAGUUAUUACCUGGCCAGGUUCAAGGACACCUACCGGCAGGCGACCAUUGAUAUGAUGCUAGGUAAUCAGAUUUCAGCGGAAUCAGUAAAUGCAUUGGGAGGCCAGUCGGGAGUUGUUGAUGAGACGGAUGCUUUGGAAGGUGCCGAACACGCUCGAUUAUUGGUCGAGGAUUGUCGUCGGCAAUUACUAGGAACUACGCAACAUCCUCUCGGUGCAUGGGGAUUGAUAGAUGCCGAUCCAAGCACCGGCGAUUUAAAUGAAACAGAAGUUGAUACUAUAUUGAUCUUGACGAAUGAUUCAUACAUCGUGGCGGAGUAUGAUUCACACCUGGAUAAGAUCGUUCGGUUCGAGAACGUUUCGUUGGACAAUAUAGCAUUGAUUGAGCUAGGAUUAUUCCAGCAUAGCAAAAUGUUUCAAGGGCCGGCACCCGCUCAUCUCUGCAUCCGGUUGAACUAUUCCGUUGACGGUAUCGAUGGCUACUUCCACAUGUUCCGAUCACCUAACAUAAGAUUCUUCAACAACGUAGCUGUCGUGAUACGGAAAACGGAGGAAAUAACAGAAUCACUGACGGCUAUUGUCGAUUUAUUUAGAAUUGCUUUGGAAAAUCGUGGACGCCUUGAUGUACCAUUUCAUUGUGGAGGAAGCUUGCAGCGACGGAAAAGUCGCACGCUCCUCAAUGUUCCGCAAGGUAUUCCGAGGAACCUUUCGGAGUCACAACUGGUUCAGAUGGGCUCCAAGGCCUUGAGUAAUGUCGCUGGUCAGUUUUCCAAGAUCGGUCAAACGCUGAAUCCGGUCAAAAUUGGUAGAGCGUCUUCGGGCAAGAAAGCUAAGGCAGCAGUUCCUAUGCCGUAUGUUCAUACCGGUCAGAUUGUGGACGAAGCUGAACGAGGGAAAUUUACCGUCGGUUCCAGAAGCUCAAGUCAAAAGAAAUCAGACGGAUCAAGUUCGGAAGAGGAAGCAGAUACCAGUAUUUACGAACCGGAUGAGGGUGAACUCGUUCAGGAGAACCCACUUUACAACGAAAAUGUGUUCCUACCUUCCGUGGGCAUUGUAAUGGGUGGGUCCGGAGGUGCAGGCGUAGAUGAUGAACAUGCUGCUGGAAUGCUAGAGGAUAAAGACAGCAUUCCCAAGAUGUCUUCCGAUGUUUCAACGAUGUCGAUUUCAUCUGUUACCGAUCACAUAAACAUGCCGGCCGGGAUGUUGGAAUGUGCAUCGCCGAUCAGGGGGCGCAGCCCCACGCCGGAAAUUCGCGUUGAUGUAGGAAGUACAAGUGCGGACGCCGGGAAAUAUCUAGCCUCUGAGGGCCGUUCUGUCAAGGAUUUAUCGCUCAACCUUUCAGGUAAUCAAAGUGACAAUGCGUUGAAGCAAUUGAAAAAAUUGACAAGUCCCCUGUCCAACAUUGGGAAAGGACUUCAAUCUCUGAGCGCUAACCUAGAUCCAAGGAAGAUAUCUGUUAAGACUCCGGUGCUGCAGGCUCGUAGCUCAGAAACCCCAACGGCAGAGAUUCGGCGGCUUGAAGAGAAGUGGGAUAAGUCCAAGUGCCGCAGUAAGUUAAUUGCGCUGUAAGCUUUGCCGAAAAUUAUGCAAGAUCCUAAGCUGUUUGUGGCACCUAAUAAAAAAAGAUCGCCAAAGCGCACCCUGCGGAUUGCACAAACUUCGAUUGCGUUAAAUUACAUAUACACUUGUUGAGCUUUCAUUGUGAUACUAUCGAUAAUUUUAAUGGGUAAACUAAAUGAUAUGCUAUGAUUUCUCUUGAUUGUAAAUUUGACUAUUUUGCAAAUAGAUUUCUAGAUCCCGACUGUAUAUAAGGGAUGAAUCAUCCUAAGGGAUGAAAAUCCCGACGUACAUACAUGUCAUUCGUCCCUCUGCAUAUUAUUUGACAAAGUCUUAUUUUUUUGUACUAGUGAUUCGUCAAGUAUAAACAUGAAUAUUUCUUUUUUUAUUUGCUUAAUUUUAUUUCUAAGUUUUUUGUCAUCUGAUAGAAAUGCGAACGUUCCAUUAAGCUCAAACUUAAACAAACAUUCUUUAUAUUUUCUCCGAAAACACUUACAUAUUACAUACUUAUAAUUACUUUAAAUGAAAAACAAAUAAAGGGAAAUAUUAAAAUGAAAAUAAUUACAGAGUAGCUCUGAGGAAAAGAUCGAUUUCCAACACGUAGUUAAAUUCUAUUACAGAUAACACAUCUUUCAAAAUUUUUGGUUUUCCUCGGACUAAGUCUAAGGUUUAACGACAACAAACAAUUGAGAUUUAGUUUUCUUCCGGUUUGCGUUGAGAAAACAUUCUCGUGCUUAUUUUUAAAUGUUAUAAAAAAAUCAAAUUUUCUGCUUCUCAACAUAGGUAAUUGGUUGAGGUAAUGUAAUUCAAAUAUUAGAUCGUCAAGCUUUAUAGAGAAUUCAGAAAUAGGAAUAUUGCAACAUCAUCGGACAUAAUCUAUCCAAAGCAAGUCGAUGCCUUUGUCCUAAAAAAAAGAUUUAGUAGGCUUCAUUAAAUUUAACAAAUUAAUUCAUCAGUGGCUUGGCAUAUUGACUUUGCAAUGGAUGAAAUUGUCACUCAAAGUCAAUUAAAUUAUCGCAUUAUAUUAUACAAAAAAAUAACAGUAACAGUAAUUAUAAAUAGGCCAAGCAAAAUGUUACAAACCUAGGCGUACGUCCCUUGUCCAUUCCAUCUUUGGGUGGUUUUUGAAUGCUUCAAUAGAGAGCAAGUCUCGAAAUGCGUCGCUAAACAGCACAAAGUAGCAAUAUGUAUCGAUGAUUGAAUUAUUAACGAACAAUUAAUCAUUCCUGUGCUUUUGCGCCAAAAAUUAGUACGGAACUCAUUAGCGUAGUUCGCGCAGAUGUGUUGCUUCAUCGUUCAAUGAAUACUCUUCUGUUUACUUUUGUUUUACAUAAAGAUAGUAAAUAAAAAAAACGGCCUCCAAUUGUAUUAAAGAUAACUUUAAGUUUUUGACUUUCAAAAGUAGUAAUUUCAAAAUAUUCCCUGAUUUAUCGUAUAUCUUAAAAGCAUUAUAAA